AUGCCAGACCCCGACGAGACCCGGCAGGGAAAGUCGGGGUCUUUGCACGCGCACAUUUACCUUUCAUUCUCAAUCAAGAACCAUCAGCUACGAAAACAUCAUGACCACCCCACCCGGCACGAGCCACCAGGCAACCUGUCUGACCUUACCGGCGAUAGCAAGGAUAAAUGGUCUAAGGGCUAUAUUUGCCAUUGGAUGCAGGGUGAAAUCAAGGCUGAUCCUCGCGUUGUCGGUGCUGGCCGUACGCCUUUGACCCAAUUCUUUGAUGGGACUGUCACACCGUUUAAUCAACAGGACAAACCGCUACCUGACUCGUCCCGGGUCGUCCAGGACGAGUAUCUGGAGUGGUCGGUGAGCCGGGGUCCCCGAAAAUACACUGGAGAUAUUUACAGUGUGACCUUUAGUGCGGAGGGGCCAGAGUAUUGGCAACUUCUGGCUAGUUUCCAGAAAGGCGACUUUCUCAAGCUGACGAGAGAUUUCAACUCGGGCUUUACCAGCCAAAUGAGUGACAGCGACUUCUUCCUCACCGACCCUAUGACCAAGAACGAAGUCUACAACCCUGGAAAUCAGUGGAAUUUACUCAGUAUAACGGGCACCAUUGCCCAUCUCAUCCAGGCCAAGAACACCCUCUCGGCCGGGAUUGAUAUCGGCGUGCAGGCAAGAGUGAUCCGCAAGGAUGAUCAAGGCAAUGUCAUCGAAGACAAGGACGACCUGAUCAAUUGCUCCAAAUACGGCAACCCAGGCAGAAAUUCCGAUCCAACUAUCGGAAAGGCAAUCAAUGACUUGGCUUGCAAAGGUGCAAGCCUCACCGUCGCUGAGCCAGCUGCGCUUUACAUCCGCAACUUCGACACGAGGAACUUUCAGUUUCACGUGUUCCAGUGGCAGCGGGGCGACAUCAGCACCAAACACGGCCUUCGGAUCAAGUUCGAGGUCCCAAAGGACCGAUUGGAUAAACACGGCAAACCGCUCCUGGUCAGUAACAUCUACGAUACCAGAACCAAGUGGCACAUCAAGUACGGGGCUCAGUUUGCCGACUACUUCACCAUGGGAAUCAGCGCCAUGGGUGUGAAGGGCAAAGCGGCGAACCCUGAGAAAUGCUACCAGCCUUCAACGAAGGCCGCUGCCUCGGUGAAACCAUCUUGUGCGGAGUUCGAUGGCUUUGCCCAUCCCGGAUUCGCGGGUGCCCCUGGUCCGUCUCGUGCUUAG